AUGCCAAUCUUCAAAGAUCAAGAUCGUGGAGAAUCCCAGUAUCAUCCGUUGUGGUCUGCAAGUCGUAUUCCCAACACCCACAAUAAAAAACCAAGCGAGACCCCGAAACAAAGGGCAGAUAAUGAUGAGGACGAAGUUAUGGUCGGUGCUUCUUCGUGGGAAGCAAAUAUGGAAAAACACAGCCCGCCAAAGCUUCAAACGAGUGACCGUGAGGAGUUGAUACGGAGCAUUAAGAAAGGGGAGAGCCCCACCUGGGUUCCUAAUCGUUCUCUGGAAGAAUAUUUUGCAACCCAUGGAGACCCUCCACACUCGAGGCUUGAAGGCCAACUGAACAAGGAAAAAACCCCUCCUCUCCGGCCAGCUGCUGCAAUAGAAACACCACCUGAGCAAGACUCCAGAAGUGGGAUGACGACCGGAUGCCCCUGUGAGAUCGAGAGACCCCGCUCAGCGUUGCAUUCUGGUGACUUUUGCCAAGGGUCUCCGCAAACUGAGAAACAUGAGCUUGGAAAACCCUUCAUACAACGUCGCAGUCCUGUUCCUUUUGGUUCUUCACCAGCAACACCUUGGUAUAUACCUCCAAGCCCACCGUGGCGUGCAAGACAGGGAACCGACUUGAUUUUAGCCAAAAGCAGAGAGAGAGAGCCGUCCUUAACAUCCUUCUCGUCAAGUUUUGUUCUAAAGGCCCCAACCAGUCCUCUCGUACAUCAAGCCAGUAACACAGAUCUGGAUUUAUCUCCAAAUAUGGAACCCAUGGACCUGUCUGAUAGCCCCGGAAAAGCUAAUCGUUGUCUCACUCUACCCUCAGAAGCAUUUUCAUCCAUCCAAUCUUCCCCUUCUAGUUAUCCCCGUGGAACCAAUGCUCCCAGUCCUUCCCUAUCAUGGAGAAGAGAGGCAACAUUCCCUUACCAAGCACAUCAACCCCGAAGGUCUUUAACAUCUGCCUACACUCUCCAACCGAUAUCGUCCCCGCAAACACCUUUUAUGUUACGUUCUAGAAGGCCAUCCUUCUCCACUGACGUUUCCUCCCCACUACUUCAUGCACCUAUGGUUGGAUCUUAUGAAGAAUCCAUUUUACGAGGGAGAAUGUCGACAUCGCCGUCUAAGCCUUUGGAUUUCACUGCUCAAAUCGGCGUUUUUGGGAGGGGAAACUGUAAACCCAGCCUAAAAUGUCCUCCACACGUCACUGUGCCGUUUCCUGCCGUCUUUUAUAGCUAUCCUACAUCCGGCGGUGGACGCUCGAUUUCAGACGAUAGCCCUAGCCCAUAUGUCGGUGUUAUCGAUAUUGAGAAUACACUUCCAAGGGAAAAUAAACCCAGUCACCGGAACCGUCGACGUCAUGCCAGUCCACUUAAAAAUGCGGACAAAGGCCCAGAAGGUGAUACUGCAAUGUCAGAAGCGCUUACAAGUACCACAGUUCUGCAAGAACGACGUAAGAGAGAGAAGCGGUCCCGAAGGUCACCUUCUCCAAAAUCGCCACCUGGAGGAUGUUACCGAAUUCCCCAACAAGGCCAGUUGCAAAUCAUUAUAAAAAAUCCUAACAAAACGGCAGUGAAACUCUUCCUUGUACCUUAUGAUUUAGAAGGAAUGGAACCAGGAACAAAGACCUUUAUUCGACAACGAAGUUAUUCGGCUGGACCGAUUAUCGAUAUGCCGUUGUCCGCAAGAACAAAUCUGGGGACCGACAGACCAGAAGCCUCAUUGGGUACGGGGGAAGAUCCGACUGAGAAACCUAUACUAAGAUAUCUGAUCCACCUGAACAUAUGUUGUCCUUCCCGCGGCCGCUUUUACCUCUAUUCUACAAUCAGGGUUGUUUUCGCAAACAGAGUUCCGGACGGCAAGGAGAAGUUGCGCAAUGAAGUCCAAUAUCCUGACCCCCAAUACAGUCCUUAUAAGCCCGUAAAAGAUAUCGGGAUUGGCAGUACCGGCAGUAAAUCAGCUGCAGAAAAAGCUUUCAGGCGUAGAAGUUCCGGCUAUGGACCGGUUUUACAGACCCCACUCCCAAUGAGUACUUUUGACAGUCGUGAACCCAGCCUAUAUGCCCAAUCUCCACCUCUACCACCUUUAUCUGCAGUCAACAUGAGUCUCCCCGCUCAUUCAUCCAUUAAGACUAGGCCAUACAACCGUGAUUCUCCCCCCUUUAGGAUGGAACACAAUACUCUAUUUGGCUAUCACACAUCCUUUCACACCUUGUCUGGACAAAUUUCACCUAACCCACCCGAUACCCCUCCUAUAUCAUUGGUCUCAAGCAAUCAUCAUGCACCUCCCUCCAACAGCCGAAGUUCGAUUCCAGAUGCCGAUAAUGUGUACUGCAAACUCAAGAAGAGAGAUGCUGGAUAUGCUGGCGCGUUUGGGAUGUCCACCACUGGCAGCGAUGUUGGCGAAGGCUUGUUGGCGAGCAAGUUAAAACACCUAGACGUCAUGCUAAAGCAAGAUCCGUCGAAUGAACAAUAA